UGCUGGCUGCUCCAGCAUGACAUCAGAGUAGCCGGGAAAGGGACAGAGCGCAGGCGCCGCGGCGGACGGGAGAGGCGAGGCAGGGCGAGAGCCGGUAGGGGCAGAGCUGGCUCCGGCAUCUCCAGCAGCAGCAGCAGCGCCGCUUCUCCGCCGUGGACGCGCGCCCUUGCCCGGCCACCGACGCAGGCUGCGCCCCGCUCGGGCGGCUCCCCCUCUGCAGAGCGCCGAGAUCGCAGCCUGCCAGACGGGCCAAGGCGACCGGUCGCCCCGAGUCGACGGAGCCGCCUCCAGCCGCGCCCGCUUGCCCCCCGCCUCCGUCCUGCCCUCUCCCCGGAGCCAGGCACCAUGUCAGCGGGUGGAGACUUCGGCAACCCGCUGAGGAAAUUCAAGCUGGUCUUCCUCGGGGAGCAAAGCGUUGGGAAGACGUCGUUGAUCACAAGGUUUAUGUAUGACAGCUUUGACAACACAUACCAGGCUACAAUUGGAAUUGACUUCUUAUCUAAAACCAUGUACUUGGAAGACCGGACAGUGCGGUUGCAGCUCUGGGACACAGCCGGCCAGGAGAGAUUCCGAAGCUUGAUCCCCAGCUACAUUCGAGACUCAACAGUAGCCGUGGUGGUCUAUGACAUCACAAACCUCAACUCCUUCCAGCAGACAUCCAAAUGGAUUGAUGAUGUCAGAACAGAAAGAGGAAGUGAUGUCAUCAUCAUGUUAGUGGGCAACAAAACAGACCUUGCUGAUAAGAGCUCUUCCGACGCGUCGCCUCUGCUCUGCCAGGGAUGGAGAGUGUCCAAGAGAAGAGCAAAGAAGGGAUGAUUGACAUUAAAUUGGACAAACCACAGGAACCACCACCCAGUGAAGGCGGGUGCUCUUGUUAAUGCAAAGCGCAGGAUUCGUCAGCUCCAUUUGACACCACACGCUUGUUGUGUUGCUUCCUAUUGGUUAGCUUCCUAAUAAUAUGAAUUGAGUUAUUCAAUGGGGAGGAUUUCUUUUCUCUCUGUGUCUCUCUAGGAAAGGGAGGGGGUGGGUGGCAAGGAUCAGACUAUGUGAUUCAACCACUGAUUCUAUUUUCUUUUCUUUUUUUGGUUUAGUUGUAAUAUAUUGUACUUUAUUAAAAAUGCCAAAACAGUUCAGAAUUUUAAACAAGACACUUUAAUUGUGUGUAUACAGCUCUCAGCCAUGGGGACUUAAUAUCCUUUUUUGGGUACUUUUUUUUAAAUUGUAUAUUUGUAAACUUACAGAGAAAACCCCAAGAUUAUACAGGCUGGCUAGUUUCAGUGUUUGACAUAAAUGGUAGACAUAUCCUUGAAGUAAACUAGCCCCCAAUUAGUUGACUGAACACUAACUGUGCCAUUCACUCUCCAAUGAGAGGCCAGCAAAGCAUGCAACCACCAGUGUGCAAUGUAACAUCUGACUAGAUGGCCAUGAAAAGGUGGGGGGGGAGAGAGCUACAACUAUAGAAAUGUUAUUCAUGACAGUGGCAGUGCACCUCCAUAGUUCCCAGAUGCAUAAGGAUCUAUUGUGCAUGCACAGCUUACGAUCAUGCAUCAUGUUAUAUUUUACUAUACCAUGAGAGAUAUUCCUUUUUCAGCACUUCUGUGGGUGGAUACUUGUUUUUAAGACCUUCACUUGUGUUGCGUACCCUAUGUAUGUCAACUUUUUAAACAUCACACUAGCUAGCAUAAGCCACCACCCACAUAUACUAUGGCGUGUAUGUGAAACCAAUGGCAUUGCUGUGUAUAUGGAUGGUUGGGCCACCACAGUCAAUGAUAGCUGCUGAUUUGUAGCUAACAUUGGAUUGAAGAAAGCACUCAGAUGGUUUUGCCCAAAAGGGGGGUGGGGGGUGGCAGAAUAAAAUAAAGUUAUCCAAAGGCUCCCUCUAAGCUUAUUGUUACAAGUAGAUUUCUUUAAGGAAGCAACUCAAAAUGAUGGCCAAGAUUGAAUCAGAAAUUGUCAAUUACUGUAACUUCAAAAGGUAAUCCCCUUGGGGGGUCACCUCACUUUUAGCCAACUGUACUAUUCAUGGUGGUUGAUCAUUAUUAUGAGUGAUGAUAACUUCUGCAUGAGUGAACAAAGAGCAAAAGAGCCUGUCUCUGUAGAAAAGAAGAUUGCCUUGGCAACAAAGAUACGAUAGAUAAUGUAUUUAAUUUUUGUAACAUGUGUAUGCAUGUUUUAUAUUGAUAUAAAACAUACAUUGACACACACACACACAGCUGUGUGAAGGUGUAUGUCUACACACCCAUGCACAAUAUAGAUGCUUGGUUUCUCCCACUGUUAUAACUUUGCAACCAACAACAGUUGUGGAAAAAUACAGUUGGUGCAGUGUGUGGGUCUAGAAGGUUUUUGUUAUUGUCGGGGAAAAGUGUGAUUUGUCAUGUCUUCAAUAAAUUAAACUCAAGAUA